CGGCCCAGCCUCCCGACUUCCCCGAUCCCACCACGCGCAGCCACGGCGGAGCAGAGCAGAGCAACGAGCCAUCGACCAGAAGGAGGAGGAAGGAAGCCAUGGGGGAACCGGGGGAGCUGGCCGCGGAUGAGCACGUCCGCUACAUCGUCACCGCGGAGAAGAAGAAGGACUCCUUCGAGUCGCUGGUGAUGGAGCACCUCCGGCUCAGCGGCGCCUACUGGGGCCUCACCACGCUCGACCUCCUCCACAAGCUCCAGGCCGUCGACGCCCGCGAGGUCGUCGACUGGAUCAUGUCCUGCUACCACCCGGAAUCUGGUGGGUUCGCGGGGAACGUCGGGCACGACCCGCAUGUCCUCUACACGCUCAGCGCCGUGCAGGUCCUCUGCCUCUUCGAUCGGCUCGAUGUUCUCGAUGUAGACAAGAUUGCUGACUAUGUUGCUGGACUUCAAAAGGAGGAUGGAUCUUUUGCUGGUGACAUUUGGGGUGAAGUUGACACUAGAUUCUCAUAUAUUUCCAUAUGCACCUUAUCAUUACUGCAUCGUCUGCAUAAAAUUAAUGUGGAAAAGGCUGUAGAAUAUAUUGUUAGCUGUAAGAACUUGGAUGGCGGGUUUGGAGCUAUGCCAGGAGGAGAGUCCCAUGCUGGGCAGAUAUUUUGCUGUGUUGGUGCUCUCGCAAUCACCGGCUCUUUGCAUCAUGUUGAUCGAGAUCUCCUUGGAUGGUGGCUUUGUGAGCGCCAGUGUAGAGAUGGAGGACUCAAUGGGCGGCCUGAGAAACUUGCUGAUGUAUGCUAUUCGUGGUGGGUGUUAUCAAGCUUGAUAAUGAUUGAUAGAGUGCACUGGAUUGACAAGGAAAAACUUGCAAAAUUCAUACUGAACUGUCAGGACAAAGAAAAUGGUGGGAUUUCAGACAGACCAGAUAAUGCAGUAGAUAUCUACCACACAUACUUUGGAGUUGCAGGGCUUUCAUUGAUGGAGUACCCUGGAGUGAAGCCUAUGGAUCCAGCCUAUGCACUGCCGUUGGAUGUUGUCAACCGGAUUUUCUUGAGAAAACAACAAUAAGAUUUCUUGUGUCAGUUCUGAUAGGCAGAAUGAUGUUGAAUGUUCGAUGCAGUUCAAACCCCAUAUUUACCCGAAAAUCCAAACAUUUGGUUUUGUAGAACGUAACAAUGAAGGACAUGGAAUCGAAUUUAAAUACAAUCAAGAUCGUCUUGUUUGAACUGAAUAGUAUAAUCCUUGUAAACUUCUAUUAGUCAACUGUAUACUGUUUCCAACUGAAGCUCCUAUGUAUGAACUGCCUGUUUUGCUGCCUUCAAAAAAAAAAACUGCCUGUUUUGCUCGAUCA